AUGACACGAGGGGCAGGUGAGGAGCUGCAGGUGAUUCAGCCUCAGAAGUCAGUGUCUGUCGCAGCUGGAGAGACGGCCACUCUGAGCUGCACUGUGACCUCCCUGACCCCCGUGGGGCCCACACAGUGGUUCAGAGGGACAGGGCCAGGCCGGGAGUUAAUCUACAGUAUGAGAGGAAGCCACUUUCCCCGGGUAACAAGUGUUACAGAUUUCUCGAGGAGAAACAACUUGGACUUUUCCAUCCGCAUCAGUAACCUCACCCCAGCAGACACAGGGACCUACUACUGUGUGAAGUUCCAGAGAGGAAGCACUGGUGACAUGGAGCUGAAGUCUGGGGCAGGCACUCAGCUCACCGUGAGUGCCAAACCCUCUCCCCCUGUGGUAUCGGGCCCCACAGGCAGGACGCCACCUGGGCAGACAGUGAGCUUCACCUGCCAGUCCCAUGGCUUCUCCCCCAGAAACAUCAUCCUGAAAUGGUUCAAGGAUGGGAAUGAGCUCCCAGCCUUCCAGACCACCGUGGACCCAGAGGGAGACAGCCCUUCCUACAACGUCUCCAGCACAGCCAGGGUGCGGCUGGCCCCGGGGGAUGUUCGCUCCCAGGUCAUCUGCCAGGUGGCCCACGACACCCUAAAGGGGGACCCUCCUCUUCGUGGGACUGCCAACGUGUCUGAGGCCAUCCGAGUUCCGCCCACCUUGGAGGUUACCCAGCACACGGUGUCAGAGAAACAGAAGAACGUCACCUGCCUGGUGAAGAACUUCUACCCCCAGCGCCUACAGCUGACCUGGCUGGAGAACCGGAACAGGUCCCGAACAGAAACGGCCCCGACCCUCGUAGAGAACAAGGAUGGGACCUUCAGCGGGAGGAGCUGGCUCCUCGUGGAUCUGUCUGCCCACAGGGAGGAUGCGAUGCUCACCUGCCAGGUGGAGCACGAUGGGCAGCCGGCCGUCACCAAAACCAUCACCGUGGAGGCCCUGGCUCACCAGAAGGACCCAGAUGAACCCUCUGGUGAGGCCCCCACUUUAACUGACCCGAGGCCCUAUUUGGAGACCAGUAGCUGUGCUGCUGCCAUUGUGCUCAGCAGCCAGAAGGGGACAGAAGAUUGUGAGCGCAAUAGCCCAUAG